AUGAGUGCAGUAAAAUCCGUACGCCAGUUUUUUUCGGGCACAAGGAAAGAUGCUGCCUCCAAGCCUCCACUUUUCCUGGCAUGGCGCUCGUCCUCGUUCUUCAUUAUAAUGACCGUCUGCCUCGCGCUGUUUACCGACAUUUUCUACUACGCCCUAAUCGUGCCUGUCGUGCCUUUUUCCUUGACCGUUCAGGUGGGCCUCGGCGAGGAUCAAGUGCAGCAGUGGACCUCUAUACUGCUAGCCUGCUACAGUCUCGCCCUUUUCGUUGGUAGCCCUAUUGCGGGAAUCUACGCAGAUCACACCUCGUCAAGAAGAUGGCCCUUGUUGCUCGGAUUGGUUGCCCUGGCGGCCUCGACGUUUUUGUUAUGCUUUGGCCGUUCCAUCGGACUCUUGGUCCUAGGGAGACUUCUUCAAGGGUUCUCCGCAGCGAUUGUAUGGAGUGUGGGCUGCGCUUUGUUGGUUGACACUAUGGAGUCCGCAGUCGGUGUAGCCAUGGGAUAUGUCUCCGUUGCAAUGUCUGUGGGCUUGUUGAUUGCACCCACCAUAGGCGGUGCUGUCUAUGCCGCCGCGGGCUACUAUGCCGUCUAUUAUAUUGCAUUUGGAGUGGUGUUGGUUGAUAUACUACUGCGACUCCUCAUGAUAGAGAAGAAAGUCGCCAAACAGUGGAUCACGCAAGACACCUCAGCGAGUCCUGAGACUACCCACGAUGUUGAAAAGACUGCGGCAAGAGGCGCUGCCGAUGAGGGCCAUGUUGGACUUACUGAUACCGGUGUUCUUGAGUCGCCAGUAGCAGAGGCAGCAGACUCCUCGGAAACGCAACCAGUACCGGCUUCUGUAGGUACAACUGAUGCGAAUACAUCCACACCGGCGAGUACCGCCGUUGCGGUUGGUCAACCAAAGCGCGCCAAGCCAUCGCCGCUCAUGGUGUUGGUGAAAUCGCCCAGGCUGUUGGCAACUCUAUACGCUCUUGUUGUCGAAGCAGGCAUUAUGAUGGGCUUUGAUGCCGUGCUUGCCCUCUUCGUCAAGACAACUUUUGGUUGGAAUUCGACCGCCGCUGGUCUGAUGUUCCUAGCGAUUUUCGUGCCCGGUUUCCUUUCCCCGUUGGUAGGCAUGCUUGCUGACCGGUAUGGGGCCAAGUGGCCGUCGUUUGCCGGAUUUGUGGCCAUGACGCCAACGGUGGUCUGCCUGCGUUUCGUCACAGAGAAUACUAUCCAACAUAAGGUGCUCCUCACGAUCCUGCUGGUUAUUAUUGGCGUUACCUUGGACUUCUCGAACACGCCCUUGAUGGCUGAGAUUACGUAUGUGAUUACAGAAAAGGCUCAAGAGAAUCCCGGAAUCUUCGGGGAGAAGGGCGCGUAUGGAGUUGGCUACGGGCUGUUUACCAUGGCUUUCGCGCUUGGUGGUGUCAUCGGGCCAUUAUGGGCUGGCUAUGUCAAUGCCAGCGCUGGUUGGGGCACCAUGACUUGGUCUCUGGCCUUGUGGGCGGUUUCGGCGGGUGUGGUUGUGUUCUUCUGGGUAGGAAGCACGCCACAGAAGAGUGAGCAUGUACAAAACGACGGUACGGAGGAAGGAAAUGCUGUAUCUACGGACAGGGCCCCUUCCUAG